UUGCCAUAAUUUCCAUCAUGUUCAUCGUCCUCUCCACCAUUGCCCUGUCUCUCAACACACUGCCCGAGCUGCAGAGCCUUGACGAGUUUGGCCAGACCACAGACAACCCCCAGCUGGCCCACGUGGAGGCCGUGUGCAUUGCAUGGUUCACCAUGGAGUACCUGCUGCGGUUCCUCUCCUCCCCUAAAAAGUGGAAGUUCUUCAAGGGCCCGCUCAACGCCAUUGACUUGUUGGCCAUCCUGCCAUAUUAUGUCACCAUCUUCCUCACUGAAUCCAACAAGAGCGUGCUGCAGUUCCAGAAUGUCCGCCGCGUGGUCCAGAUCUUCCGCAUCAUGCGUAUUCUCCGCAUUCUUAAGCUCGCACGUCACUCCACUGGCCUCCAGUCCUUGGGCUUCACUCUGCGGAGGAGCUACAAUGAGCUGGGCUUGCUCAUCCUCUUCCUUGCCAUGGGCAUCAUGAUCUUCUCCAGCCUUGUCUUCUUUGCCGAGAAGGAUGAGGAUGACACCAAGUUCAAAAGCAUCCCAGCCUCUUUCUGGUGGGCCACCAUCACCAUGACGACCGUUGGGUAUGGAGACAUCUACCCCAAGACUCUCCUGGGGAAAAUUGUGGGGGGUCUUUGCUGCAUUGCAGGGGUCCUGGUGAUUGCUCUUCCCAUCCCCAUCAUUGUCAAUAACUUCUCUGAGUUCUACAAGGAGCAGAAGAGGCAGGAGAAAGCAAUCAAGCGGAGAGAGGCUCUGGAGAGAGCCAAGAGAAAUGGCAGCAUCGUAUCCAUGAACAUGAAGGAUGCAUUCCCCCGGAGCAUCGAGGUGAUGGACAUUGUGGUUGAGAAAAGUGGAGAGAACAUGGGUCAGAAAGACAAAGUGCAAGAUAAUCACUUGUCUCCCAACAAAUGGAAAUGGACAAAGAGGACACUGUCCGAAACCAGCUCAAGUAAGUCCUUUGAAACCAAGGAGCAGGGAUCCCCUGAGAAGGCCAGAUCAUCUUCUAGUCCUCAGCACCUGAACGUCCAGCAGUUGGAAGACAUGUACAAUAAGAUGGCCAAGACACAGUCUCAACCCAUCCUCAAUACUAAGGAGCCAGCAACACAGAGCAAACCAAAGGAAGAACUUGAAAUGGAGAGUAUCCCCAGCCCCGUAGCCCCUCUGCCCACUCGUACAGAAGGGGUCAUUGACAUGCGAAGCAUGUCAAGCAUUGAUAGCUUCAUUAGCUGUGCCACAGACUUCCCUGAAGCCACCAGAUUCUCCCACAGCCCUUUGGCAUCACUCCCCAGCAAAACCGGAGGUGGCAUGGCCCCAGAGGUUGGCUGGCAGGGAGCUCUGGGUGCCACUGGUGGUAGGUUUGUGGAGGCCAACCCCCCCCCUGAUGCCAGCCAUCCCUCUGCUUUCUUCAUUGAGAGCCCAAAGAGUUCCAUGAAGACCACCAACCCCUUGAAGCUUCGAGCACUUAAGGUCAACUUCAUGGAGGGGGAUCCCAGACCAUUAGUCCCCGUUCUAGGGAUGUACCAUGACCCUCUUAGGAACCGGGGGGGUGCUGCGGCAGCCGUUGCUGGGCUGGAGUGUGCCACACUCUUGGACAGGCCUGUGCUGAGUCCAGAGUCCUCCAUCUACACCACAGCAAGUGCUAGGACACCCCCCCGGUCGCCAGAGAAACACACAGCAAUAGCGUUCAACUUUGAAGCAGGUAUCCACCAGUACAUUGAUGCGGACACAGAUGAUGAGGGGCAAGUGCUCUACAGUGUGGACUCCAGCCCCCCCAAGAGCCUCCAUGGGAACACUAGUCCCAAGUUCAGCGUCGGGACAAGAUCAGAGAAGAACCACUUUGAAAGCUCCCCCUUACCCACCUCCCCUAAGUUCUUAAGGCAGAACUGUAUUUACUCUACAGAAGCAUUGACUGGAAAAACUCCCAGUGGUCAGGAAAAGUGCAAGCUUGAGAACCACAUCUCCCCCGACGUCCGCGUGUUGCCGGGGGGAGGAGCCCAUGGAAGCACACGGGAUCAGAGCAUCUGAACCACCUCCACACGGAGGAGAGACUUGUGGCAGGGUCCAAAGAGGAGUGCUGUUCAGCUUACCUGCCGUGGAGCUUUUCUGCAUGACCUCUGAAACAGAAAGGCUUUGUAAAGCCCCCAGAAAGAAGAGAGACCAGAGAAAUCUCCCUUAAAACCUUGAGAGCCGUUAACGGGUCCAUCAGAGUGAAGUUGGCCAAGCCACAGGGUAUGGCGCCUCCUUGUAACAGCUCCACGGCCCUCUUUGGAAGAUGACAAGAGCAGAACUCACAGCCACCACUACCACGUUCUAGACAUAACCAAGGCCACCUACUCCCCAUUCUUCUCUCGUGGCUUUCCAUCACAGCCUCUGAGGGCAAGAUCGCCAUCCCUCCUGGCUUCAGCUGGAGAAGGAUGCCGGAACAAGUGGCUGGUGUUAAAAGAGUGGGUUGACCAAUUUGGUUUUGGGUGUUGCCUGGCCACCUCUAGGAACUUCUGUCCAUCACCUGCUGGAUGGAUCCCAUUGUUAGAAGGCUACAGGGAAUGCUUGUGUCAUGGGGAAAACUGCACCAUAAGCCACGAUCCCAGCGCAAAACCCUUCCUCAAAUGUCUUCAUUGACUUCAGUAUUCCGUAGUACCUGAGAUUUUAUUUUGAGAUAUCAUCAGGGUGAGUUGCACCACUUGUACUCAAUUCUAAUUGCCCCCUGGCAAUCUGGGAAGAGUUCAGAAGGCGGGCACUCAGCCAACAGUAUGAACUCUGAGCAUUGCUUUAGGGUUAUAGAAGGAAAAUGCUUUCUGUACAUCGCUAGUGUAGACUCAAAAGAUAUGCAAGUGUCAAAUAUGCAGAAGAAUAGCUUAUUCAAAGAGACUGUAUGUUACCGAAGAACAGAAUAAAAUCUGAUUUUUUUUUUUUACCUG